AUGUUCUGGGAUGAACGUACCGCGGUGGAAAGGCUCUCGGUGCUGGAGUCUCAGAAAUACAGGAUGCAACGAUGGCGAAUGUCUCCACAACAAAGAGCCCAAUACCUUUCCUUGCGCGGAGAGCACCCGGAGACGCAAUGGCACCCAGAUGAUGUUACGAAAUGGGAACGGUACGUUUUAGGAGGUCAAUGGAUGCAACCGUGGGCUGCCCGAGUCUGGGGCUGGCGCAGCUCGGACCGAGUGGCCCUAGGGGCUGUGAUAUGGAACCUUAAGGCACCGGUGGUGUCAAAGCGGAAGCUAGACGAGACGGUUGUAUAUUGGGAGCUUGUACCUCUAUUGGUGACGCAUCUCGCGUCGAUUUCAAGCGUCCAAGCCAUUCUGCAGCGCAAACGGAGCACACCCGAUAGAACUCCGUCUCAAAAGGCGAGCACAGACAGGACGGCCAAAAACGCAACAGGAUCUCUAGCCUACACCACCGCUGCGUGA